AUGUGUAUUUCUGUAGAAGCCUUAUCCCAGCAAAGGUUCUUGGGGGAUGAUCCAAGUAUCUCCAGAAUGAGAAAUGCCUCAGAGUGUGGUGGCAAGUUGGAAAAAAUGCAGAUCAUUGAGGAGCAACCUUCUAGACGAGUAAAAAUAAUCCAAGCAGAACUUCCUAAUGAGGUCAGAGGCUCUGAAUCCAGUAAAUACAGUCUGACCUCUAGGCCAGAGCCAGGCCUUUUCCCACAACAUGGAGCACCUGUAGUUAUGAAGUGCCAUAAAGAUGAUAACCAGAGAGAGAGCUCCACCAUAUAUUCAAACCAUGGUCAAUGUAAUCAGAUCUAUUCCAGGAAGAAAUGUUCUGAGGUUAACAAAUCUCAGAAAAUGUUGGGUCAUGAUUUGGGCUGCAUAAGAAAACAUGGAAUUCAUUCUGAAGAGAAAGUUCAUGAGAAGGAGAAGGAGAAUUCUUUCCCCCGAAAUAAUGAACUUAAUCUGCACCAGAGAACUGAUACAGGAAAAAAAUGUAAUCAAUUAACUGUUUGUGGGAAGACUGAUCAGGCUCAGCAGUCUUCUCUUCAGAAUACAAAGAAACCAUAUAAAUGCAGUGAAUGUGGAAAGGCCUUCCAGUUCAAGGAGGGUCUUAAAGUACAUUUCAGAAUUCAUACUGGAGAGAGGCCUUUUCCAUGCAGAGAAUGUGGAAAGGCUUUCCGCCAGCUUACUGAUCUUAUCCGCCACAAUAGGAUUCAUACUGGAGAGAAACCUUAUGAAUGCAGUGAAUGUGGGAAAACUUUUUCCAGGAGCACAAACCUAACUUUACAUCAGAGAACUCAUACUGGAGAGAAACCAUAUGAAUGCAGUGAAUGUAGGAAGACAUUCCGAAGAAAUUCUCACCUUUUAAGCCAUCAGCUGAGAACUCAUGGAGGAAUUAAACGUCAUGAAUGCAGUGUAUGUGGGAAAGCAUUUCUUGGGAAGUAUGAUCUUACUAUGCACAGUAGUGUUCAUACUGGAGAGAAACCCUAUGAAUGCAGUGUAUGUGGAAAGACCUUCCGUGUGAAGUCAAAUCUUAAAUGUCACUAUAGAAUUCAUACUGGAGAAAACCCUUUCAAAUGCAGUGAAUGUGGAAAGGCCUUUCAAAGGAGGUCAGAUCUUACCAAGCAUAAUAGCAUUCAUACUUGA